CGCGCACGUAGCUGUCAGUAGGAAAUACAAGCGGCCAGUGUAGGAUGUACUCCUGCCUCUGUGCCUGAUAAAUUAACGAAAGUCAGUUUUGUUAAGGAAUUCACAUCGUUACCCGGAGGGUUGUUUGUUUCUACUUUAAAUAACGGGAGCAAAUCGGCGAUCAGGUCUAAUGUUAGCCGAGGUAACGACACAUUCAUUUAGACUAUACGCGCUAAAGCUAACGGUUACAUUAGGCUAAAAUAAGCUAACCUAGCUAGCGGGCAACUUAGCCAGCUAGCUCGCCGACUGCAGGACGCUCGCUCUUCCAGGUCCUCACCCCGUUCAGCGGCUCCGACUGCUGUCGCGCUUUAGUUGUUUUCAUUACACGGAGAAAGCCGUGGGACCGGAGCUGUGGCGGGGGGACGUGUGAACAGGAACCCCCUGGCUAUCCAGGCGGACCGAUCACCGUAAAUCGCCGGCUGUGGCUGCAGAAGCGAUCCCAGCGAAACCAUGGCUGAACUCUCCACCCUAUCUCCAUCCCCACCUGCACUGAGUGAUCCUCAUGCAGCUCCAUCUAUCGCUUUGUCCUCGUCACCACUUCCUGCUGCGAACAGCCCCGCUCUACAGUCAACCAUUCCCGCUCCCAAGUCGUCCCUCUACAAUGACAUAUCUUUGACAGGCAAAACUCCUGCUCAACCCAUCCCCAACCCCUCCUCAAAUCCUCCGACACUCCCUUCUGAGACUCACUCCUCCUUAGUACAUAAUGUGGCUCCACAGAGAGAGGACUUGACAGAGACUGCAGGUGAUGCUAUUAAGAAUGAGACAAGGAGCAGUGACCCAGUAGCUGCAGAACCCCUAAAUACUGAAACUGAGAUCCCAGCGCUGUCAAAUGAGCCAUCGUCCCAGUGUGAAGUGCAGCUGGCACCCCCCUGUCCUGUUCCUAAUCCAGGUCCUAAUCUUUACCCCAGUGUGCAUGUUACCCAUAACCCCAAUCUUGUCAUGGAUGAUGGUCAGGUUUUAGCGGGCCAACCGCAGGCUGCUGCAGCUUCCGAUCCCACCUCUGCUCCUUCGGCAUCCCCUGAUGAGGCAGCAACAGUUGAAGAGAAGCAACCUCAGCCACUUCCACAAGCACAAAAUGCUCAGAAUCCAGCCUCCCCUGUGUCUCCAAAGCCUGACUCUGCUAGUGAAGGAGGGAAAACAGAGCUGCCCAGUAGUCCCACCAGAGCUGAACACCCCAGUCCCACUGUCCCACUGAUCCACGAGCCAGCCUUUCCGCUGCCCAACCCCAAACCUGCCCCGGCUCUUGAUACCCUCAGCUACCUAGACUCGGUCAGCGUGAUGUCUGGGACGUUGGAGUCUCUGUCUGGGCUGGGUGAGGACGGAAGCUCUGUGGGCUCCGAUUCAGAGAUCAAUGGCCUGACUGUCAGACGAACGGAUAAAUAUGGUUUUCUAGGUGGAAGUCAGUACAGUGAGGGCUGUGACAGAGACGUUCGAGUUGAAGUUGCCAGACAGAGAGAGAUGAAAUGGCUUGACAUGUUCAAAAACUGGGAUAAGUGGAUUAAGCAUCGCUUUCAGAAGGUGAAAUUGCGCUGCAGAAAGGGAAUUCCGUCUUCUCUCAGAUCCACAGCCUGGCAGCUACUCUCCAACAGCAAAGAGCUCCUAGAGGCGAACCAAGGGAAAUUUGAGGAGCUGGAGAGAGAGCAGGGAGAGGCUAAGUGGCUGGACAUUAUAGAGAAAGACCUCCACAGACAGUUCCCGUUCCACGAGAUGUUUGCCGCCCGUGGCGGCCAUGGGCAACAGGAUCUGUACCGGAUCCUGAAGGCCUAUACCAUCUACCGACCCGAUGAGGGCUACUGUCAGGCUCAGGCGCCUGUGGCUGCAGUGCUCCUCAUGCAUAUGCCAGCCGAGCAAGCUUUUUGGUGCCUCGUGCAGAUAUGUGAGAAAUACCUACCUGGCUACUACAGCGCAGGGCUGGAAGCUAUCCAGCUGGAUGGCGAGAUCUUCUUCUCCCUGUUGCGGCGCACGUGUCCAAUGGCGUAUCGUCACCUCAAGAAGUUCAAGAUCGACCCCAUUCUCUACAUGACAGAGUGGUUCAUGUGCAUCUUCUCGCGGACCUUGCCGUGGGCCUGUGUGCUGCGUGUGUGGGACAUGUUCUUCUGUGAAGGUGUGAAGAUAGUUUUUCGUGUGGGCCUGGUGCUUCUGAAACAGGUGCUUGGCUCUGUGGAUAAACUUAGGGAACUACAGGGCAUGUAUGAGACAAUGGAGCAGCUGAAAAACAUUUCACCCGACACUAUCAGAGAGGACAUACUGGUCCAGGAGAUCGUAAUUCUUCCAGUGACUGAGGCGCUUAUAGAGAGGGAGUGCAGCAUCCAGGUGAAGAAGUGGAGAGAGUCCAGAGGGGAGCUCACACACCAGCCUGUUCGCCGGCUCCACGGCACGAGAGCCAUCUACGAGUACAAGCGACGCGCUGUUGCCAUCAGCUCUGGUGGCAGCUUCUCUUUCCUGGGAAGCUCAAUCCCUCCUCCAGGACCCCUACGAGCGUCUUCCAGCCUCCUCUCACUUCCUGGUUUCCGCAAGUCUAAGGCACCUUUAUACUCUCAAGCAAAGAAGGGUUCCUUCUCAGGGCCGUCGGGAAUGGAGGGCCUGUCGCAUCAGCCGCCACCUGCAAUAACAUCAAGUGCAAGCCGAGGCCCCAGCACCAAACCACCCAUUCCCCCAGGGGCAGGUCAGAGGCCGCCUGCACCCCAGAGUCCCUUGGUGGGGAAUUCAGCUGGCUCAUCACAGAGUCCCGCCAAGCCCUCAGAAGGCGGCUCAGCAGAAAGCCAGCCGACUGCUUCAGCCACAGCACAGAGCACACCACCGGUACCACCGCCCAGCACCCUCUCCCCAGCCCCCAAAAUCGUGUCUGAGCAAAUUACUCCUACCAUCCCAUCUCCGACCGCAAACAACGCCCCUCUGCCACCAUGUCCAGAUGCUAAAAAAGACGCGGUGCCAGAGGCCGAAGCCACAACCGGAGAGGAGGAAGUAAAGAAGAAGAAGAAAAGCAAAGACGACAAGAAGAAGGAAAAAGAAGACGAGAAAAGAAAAGUGAGGGAGAAGAAAGAGAAGGAGAAGGCCGACAAAGAGAGGCUCAAGAAGGAGAAAGAGAGGCUGGAGAAAGAAAAGAAGAAGGGGGGAAAGAAAAGGGACAAAGGGGGCGGCGAGGCUGAGGACAAAAAUGGAGCCGCAGCAGCGAAAGAUCUGGCCUAGAUGUUUCAGCCCAUCAUUGGAGGAUGAUGAAAAGGAUGCUGAGCAAAGAAAAGUAGGUCAAGAAAACAGAAUAAUUAGCGUCAACAACUGGGUCCUACGUUACACAUUUCAGAGACUUAAAGGCGUUCCAGGACUAUGGUGGAGAAACUGGAUCAUGGUUUUAAUAGCACCUGGAGGAGGCUGUUUGCCCCUCGCUCAACACUUUCAUUUUACGAAGACGGGACACGUUUUGUUUUUCAACUGGAGCAUGCGCUGCUUCUGAAAGCUCUCUUCAGAAGAUCAGUCAUAAUCUUCUUUUAUUCUUUUUUUUAUUUUAUUAUUUUAAAAAAGGUUGACGGCAGUGUUUCAAGAAACAUCAUCUCAAGGAUCGUUGCAGAAAUAGUUAAGGUGCCAUAGAGGAUGUAAAUAAAGUCGGCUACUUUAGUCCAUAGGAUUCUGUUAGCACAUGCUCCGGGCGGUUCUCCUCUGUGGACAACUCGCCUGGAUGUCUGGAAUAAAAAGAAAACCUUGCAGAGCAGGCACUGACUACAGAAA